UUCCGUUCUCAGAAGACUGACGUGGAUAGUUUGAGACCCUAACAAGCAAACAUGGAGUCUUGUCUGUUGAAAGCGUGCAGGCUCCUUUGCUUGUUGCUGAUUUUGCCCUUGCGCCUGGCGGAGGUGCUUGGUUUGCGCGCCGCCUACAAACGUUUCUUUCCGCUGCUGGCCUACAAGAUCACGUUUUCGUACAACCACAAAAUGCAUCGCAUGAAGAAAGAGCUCUUCCGGAACGUGUGCGCAUUCGCCAAGAGCGACGGUUCGCUGCGGCUGCUUGAGAUUGGCUGCGGCAGCGGGGCAAACUUCCAGUUCUACCCGUAUGGAUGCACGGUGCUCUGCGCGGACCCGAACCCGCACUUCGAGACGUACCUGAAGAGGAGCAUGGACGCCAACAAGCACCUGACGUAUGAGGGUUUCCUGGUUGCCUCCGCGGAGGACAUGCAGGAGUUGGGCGACGAGUCUGUGGACGUGGUGGUGUGCACGUUGGUGCUGUGUUCUGUCAGAGACGUGAAACUGGUUCUCAAGGAGGUCCGGCGUGUGCUGAAAACUGGUGGGGCCUUCUACUUCAUGGAACAUGUGGUGUCAAAGCCCUCAACCUGGACGUUCUUCCUCCAACAGACGCUUGAUCCUUUGUGGUUCUAUAUCGGCGAUGGAUGUGUGAUUACAAGAGAAACGUGGAAAGAUCUCGAAUCAGCUGGCUUUUCUCAGCUCCACCUCAAACACAUUGAGGCUCCAGUGACUUCCGUGAUACGACCCCAUAUUAUGGGCCAUUCCAUCAAAUGAUUACGGGUGACAUUUUGACUGAUGGUGUUCUCAUCCUAUGAUCGUACUGCAAAAUAGUGAGACAAAAGUGGCUGCGGUAGUCGAUUUGCUUAGAGCAGGGUUGUGAAAGCUACGGCCUACGAGCAUUUGAUCCAACCCGGACCCAUCAUGCAAUUCUAAAACCAAAUAAAAUCUUGAGUAUACAAUUAUAAAAAGCCCAAAGCUAUGAACCCCAAAAUACUCAUAUGAUUUAUUAAUAAUAAUUUUUAAAAAUGACCUGAUAGGAAAAGGUUGGCCAUCCCUCGCUAAGAUGUUCACUUAUGCCAAAAAUGAUUAGCAAAAACAGAGUGAAAAUAUAUAUUAUUUACUGACAGAAUGAGCAACAUUUCAAACACUGUUCCACAGCCCCAUCCCUAUCAUGAAGAAAUAAAAUGUUACUCAACCACUGUGCAAAAUUUUUGUCCAGAUUGUCUAAAACAGUAACAGCCAAUGAACAAUCACACAAUAUUUCUGUUACCCUUUAUAUCCCAUUGCACAAAAAUAAGGAAGGAAAAUUUACAUUUCCUUAGUGGGAAUAAGAGAAAUUUCCGUUAAGCAAACAUGUUCACAUAGAACGAAUACAGUCAAUUCUGUAAAUGCUGUUGGUAGACCUAAAAAACACCCAACAACAUUUUUAAAAAUCACAUUUAAAACUCGAGAGUGAAAAAGCAAAAGCUUAUAAUUUCAAACCUCCCAGUUUAAAAUAUACACAACUAUAAAUGUUAUAGCAUUAAUGAAUAAAAAAAAUAGCUGGAAAAAAGUCCAAAUUCUUUUUGUUUAGAUAUAUGUAUAUAUCAUUGUUAUAUCAAGCGGAGUAAAAAGAUCGUGGAUCUCAACCUGAAGCGUUCCCAGAAACAUGACUGCGUCCAAAGAGCUGAGAGCUGUUCCAACUGACACACAGUCUCUGCACUUAAACAGUUUAUCCUGUUUUGACACA